AUGCGAAAGCGAAACCCGCUCGCCUUUCUGAAAGAUGACGAGGAAAGAACAACAAAGAAUGCGACGAAGAGUGACGAAAAACACGAAAGCAAAGUCAUCGUCAUCGGUGGCGGCAUCGCCGGGUGCGCCGUCGCCUGCGAACUCCACCGCAGAGGGUACACGAAGAACGUUUUUCUGCUCGAAAAGGACGAGAGCAAAUCGAGUCGAAGGCAAGGCUACGGAUUGACGAUAUCGGAAACGAAUAUGGCGAUUGAAAAGAUGAACGUAUUGAACGCGCUGAAACGAGAAAACGUGUCGUCCAAGCAACACUGGACGAUCGAUGCGAGAAAUGGGGACGUGUUGGGGUAUUUCGGGCAGCUGUUUCGGGAGUAUUUAUUCACAUCGUCAAAGUCGUCUGAACCGUCGUCGUCUUUACGAAGGCGAGAGGAUGACGAAGAAGAAGAAGGAAACGACGGUAAAGGAGGAGAGAAGGAAAGAAAAGGAAACCUGAGAGUGCCGAGGAAUGUCGUGCGAGAGAUUUUGCUCGAACGAAUACCGAAGGAGAACAUCUUGUGGAACGCGGAAGUGGAAAAUAUCGAGAUGAACGUCGGGAACUCGACGGCGACGAUAACUUUGAAAAAGAAUCGCCAUCGACCGACGAACGUUUUAAUCGAAAACUGCGCUUUAAUUGUCGCCGCGGACGGGUCGCACUCGAAAGUGCAAAAGAUUAGGCAAAAAUUGUACGGGAAAGAAGUGGUUCCAGAUUUGAAGUACUUGGGCGUCGUGUUAAUCACGGGAUUUACGUCUUUAAAACAUUACUUGUUGAACAAUCGAGGCUUCUACGCCGUCGACGGCCAAUCGAGAAUGUUUACCAUGCCUUUUGCGGACGAGAAUAAAGACGAUAAUCGAGAACAGAAAACGAUGUGGCAACUCUCCGUUCGGUGCGACGAGGAAGAAGCGAAACGGUUAUACGGCGAGAGAGAGUCGACAGGUUUCGAUCAAAUUAUUAAACAAUUUUGCAUGGAAAAAACGAACCAUUGGCGAGGCGUGCCAAUCGCGAAGAUGUUCGAGAAGACCGAUUUCAGCCACGCGUGGGCUGGACCUUUGUACGAUCGCGAAGAGCCAACAAAAAUCGUCGACGACGGCAUCAUAGCCGUCAUCGGCGACGCGUCCCACCCGAUGUCGCCGUUUAAAGGCCAAGGCGCGAACACCGCCAUCGAAGACGCCUGGCUGUUGUGCGAAUGGUUGGACGGGCCGAAAGCGCCGAAAAGUUUGCACACCGCUCUGAAAUGUUUCCAUCGCGAAAGUUUUGCGAAAGCGUUCAAAAGAGUCCGGCAAUCGAGAGAGGCGUGCGAGAUUUACCACGACCCGGUCAAAGUCUUCCGAUUUUGCGAGAAUGAAAUCACGAGUUUGACCAAAGCGCAAAGCGAAACGUUUUGCCAGGCGAUGCGGGAGAGCCGGAGGAGAAAAAGGCGGAAGAAAAGUGGUGGAAAAGAAGAAGAAGAAGAAGAUGAUAAUGACGACGACGGUUCAGACGACGACGACGACGAUAACGUAGACAUCGAUGAGAGAGCUUUGCGAGUGUGCGAAGAGCUCGGGUUUAGUAAGAAACAUAUUGAUAGUAUUGUAGAAGGAGAAGAGGAGCGCGUAAGAAUAGACGACGACGACGACGGCGGCGGCGGCGGUGCCGUGAAGCACUAUAAGCUGAAGAAGCAAAAAAUGAAGAUGCUGCUCGAGUUAGAUUUAGAUGCAUCUUCUUAA